AUGGAAGCUAUGAUAAAAGAUUUUAAUGAACGUACACGUGAACUUAAGAAUUUCAUGCUUCUUCGGGCCGAAGGUGCCUGUGAAGAAACGGAUGAAAUACUUUGCGAGUUACGCGACUCACUUGGUGAGCUUGAAACACGCGUCUUGCAAAUGUCAAAGUUUCUGGAAGAAGAAAAAGUUGCUUUAGAGAGAGCCAAAGAGGUAAAAGCUAAAUUACAGUCACAACAUGAUCAUCUAGAAUGGAUGUGUCAGCAUUUAUCAAAACAUUUACCAGGUAAUAUCGAACCUUCGACGUAUGAUCAAACAAAUCUUCAUCCACCGAAUGAAAGGAAUGAACAACCUCAACAAUGUGUACCAAAUCACGCACAAGGGCAAGUACAUGAGCAGGAUCCUUUGCAGGAAAUAGAUUUACCAUUAGUCGAGGAGAAUCCAUUUUACGUAUCAACCCAACCUACAAGCAAUACCAAUUUUGUGGCUAUGGGAUUGUCAUAUAUUACUGUAUCGGAAUUCAAGAAUGUGCCAAAAUAUAUCCACAAUAAUCGUAUAUCGCGCGAUAAAGUUAAUGAGGCCAUUGACGAUUUCAAUAAAGUCAUACAAGAAAAGUAUACAAUCCUCAAGUCACAACAAAGCACCCUAAGUCAUAAGAUGAAACAGAAGUACUGGAAAUACAAAGAAGCGGAAAAUGAAGAAACGAGAGGUAUUUUGCACUUUAUCGUCAUUUUCAAUGUAAUUUCUUCACUAAAAUGA